CCUCCCCCUGGCUCCACAUCUCCCCAGAAGCGGGAGCAGCCAAUCAGCGGGCAGAGGCCGCGGGCGGUGCGCGCCGCGAUUGGCCAGGCCGCCUGCAGCGCGCUGCCAUUGGCUGGGGGCGGCGCGGGCGCGGCGGAGGGAGAGGAGCGGGGCUGGCGGAGCACGGGAGAGCGGCGCGGAGCGGCUGAGAGCAGCGGUGACCGCCGCGGCGUUGCCAUGACGACAACGACGGCGCACCCCUAUUGGCCACGCUCGCUGCCGUUGCCGGGCUACGUCGCCGCCGCGCUCCCUGGAUGGCAGUGCGCGGCCGCGGUGGGCGUGGCCGCGGUGGGGCUGCUGGCGCUUGGUUGGCUGCUGGGUGGGGCGAGGGGCGGGGCUUCUCGGAGCCUCGCCCACCGCCUGGCGCUGGGCUGGUUCCUCAUGUGCACCGGGAUCCAUGGAGUGCUCGAGGGGUUCUUCAGCCUCAGGCACCGGGACCUGCCCCGCACCACCGGGUUGCUGGCCGACGUCUGGAAGGAGUAUGCCAAAGCCGACAGCCGGUACAUGACGAGCGAUGACUUCACGGUUGCCAUGGAGACGGUGACAGCCUGGGCCUGGGGACCCCUCAGCUUCCUCACCUUCCUCGCCCUCCUGCGCCGCCAUCCAGCCCGCUACAUCCUGCAGCUCCUUGUCUCCCUCGGGCAGCUCUAUGGGGACGUGCUGUACUUUGCCACGGAGGCGCUGGCAGGCUGGAGCCACAGCGACCCCCGGCCCCUCUACUUCUGGGGCUACUUCGUGGGACUGAACGGGGUGUGGGUGCUGGUGCCCUGUGCCCUCCUGGCCGACUCCUGCCGCCACCUUGCUGCUGCCCAGAGAGCCCUCGACCGGCCCCGCCACAAGAGCCACUGACCACGGGUGCCAAAGGCUCCUCUCUACAACACCUAGGUGCCAGAUCUCCCCCCAUGGGGCAGCACUGAGGGAGGGGGUGUUGGCAUUCUCCAGGGACUUCAGGGGUGUCCUGGCGCUUGUGUUGGGCCCCCCAUGAGCUCAGGGAUGUGGGGCCAGACCCCUGGGUCCCGGG